AUGACUCAAUACAUCAGUCGCGCCAUUGCCAUUGUAGGACGCUCGUCGUUGUCCUGUGUUAAACGAGGUUUUCACGUUUCUCCUAGAGCCAUGGUUAUCUCCGUUGGUGACAAGCUGCCCUCAGUUGAUUUGUAUGAAGAUGCACCCAGCAACAAAGUAAAUUCAGCUGAGCUUGUUUCUGGAAAAAAAAUUAUUAUUUUUGGCGUUCCUGGUGCCUUUACUCCUGGAUGUUCAAAGACACAUUUACCUGGAUAUGUAACAAAAGCUGACGAAUUAAAAUCAAAGGGCAUAGAUGAGAUAGCUUGCGUUAGCGUCAACGAUCCGUUUGUUAUGUCAGCUUGGGGAAAAGACCAAGGUGCUGCAGGCAAGGUGAGAAUGCUAGCAGACACCAACGCUGAGUUCACAAAAGCUCUUGAUGUGGCUAUGGAUCUCGCAGUGUUGGGUGGUACUCGUAGCAAGCGUUACUCUCUGGUGGUUGAGGACGGAAUCGUCAAGGAAGUUAACAUUGAGCCUGACAACACUGGACUCAGCUGCUCUCUCGCAGAUCGCAUCAAAGUUUAA